GUUUUGUAAAAAAGUGGGCGCGGAGGGAGGUGCGUGAAGUAAUGCCCUAACUACAUCGUACAUACACACACAACACACAGUACUGUCUUUGAAGUAAUCGCCGCCGCCACCACCACUCUCUUCCUACUCCAGUCUGCAGCGGCGGGGCAGCCAUGCCUAAGCACUACAGGCCUGCGGGCAAGAAAAAGGAAGGGAAUGCAGCCAGAUUCAUUACAAGAUCAAAAUCUGUCAAGGAACUCCAAGUCAGUAUAUCACUCUUCAGGAAGCUAUGCAUCCUCAAAGGUAUAUUUCCACGAGAACCAAAGAAGAAAGUGAAGGGAAACCAUCAAACCUAUUAUCACACGAAAGAUAUUAUGUUCCUUAAACGAGAACCACUACUUGAGAAGUUCAGAGAGAUGCGUGCUUAUGAGAAGAAAGUUAAAAAGGCAGUGGCCAAGAAGAACAAGGAUCUUGCUGACCGCCUGUUGGCUUCAAAACCUACCUAUACUUUAGAUAUGCUUAUCCGAGAGAGGUAUCCAAAAUUCAUUGAUGCAUUAAGAGAUUUGGAUGAUUGUCUGAGCAUGGUGCACCUAUUUGCUGCAUUGCCUGCAGUACGAAGAGAAAAUAUUCCAGUGAAACGUAUCCAUAAUUGUCGAAGGCUGAGUCACGAGUGGCAAGCAUAUGUUUCUCGCACACAUAAACUACGAAAAGCAUUUAUAUCUGUUAAAGGAAUAUAUUAUCAGGCUGAGAUCGAAGGGCAAAAAAUCACAUGGCUAACUCCCCAUGCCCUACAGCAAGUACUGCCUGAUGAUGUUGAUUAUAAGAUAUUGCUGACUUUUUUGGAAUUUUAUGAGACGCUCCUUGCUUUUGUCAACUUCAAGCUUUAUCAUUCAUUAAAUGUUAAAUAUCCACCUAUCCUUGACUCUCGCCUCGAAGAGUUAGCAGAUGAUCUUUAUGCACUGUCGAGGCUAUUUGAUGCAAGAAACAGAGCUUCUGGUGUGGAGUCUGAAGCCAUUGAUCUAUCUGAGUCUGUGAAGACUGAUGACCAGGAGGUGCAGAGAGAGCUUGAGGAGUCGGAUCUGAGACUUGCACAGCUUCAACACCAACUUCCUUCAAAUGAGCCAGGUGCUUUGAUGCACCUACUUAACGAGGAAGCUGGUGAGGAUGAUGAUGAUGCUGAUACAAAGGAAUGCAAGUCCCUCUUGGAAGGAUUGACAUUCUUCCUAAGUCGUGAGGUUCCCAGGGAGUCUCUUCUUUUUGUUAUCCCUGCUUUUGGUGGUAUUGUCUCGUGGGAAGGAGAAGGAGCCCCAUUUAAUGAAUCUGAUCAGAGUAUUACUCAUCAGAUCGUUGAUAGGCCAACACAGGGUCACAAAUUUCUUUCUCGGGAAUAUGUUCAACCACAGUGGGUUUAUGAUUGCAUAAACAAUCGCAUCAAAUUGCCUACUGCGCCUUACUUUGUUGGGAGGGUUCCCCCUCCACACUUGUCUCCUUUUGUUGACAAUGAAACAGAAGGUUAUAUGCCUGAAUAUGCUGAGACCAUCAAGCGAAUAUGCACUGCUGCAACAAAAGAAGUCCUCCCAAUGCCUGGUCUUGGUGCAGAAGAUUUGGAUGAUCCUCAGAAUAGACUGAUGGAGGGUAUUAGUGAUCGUGCAAAAGCUAUUGAAGCUGCUCAGAAAAAACAAAUGAUGUCUGCUCUAGAGAAGCAGUAUCAUGAAGAAUUAAAGAAGGAGCUUCAAGGUGUUCAAUACUCAGCAAUUUCCAAAGAGAAUGAGAAUGAUCUUUCAGUGGACAACAAUGCUAGUCCUGAAUUGGUUUCUGAUACACAACAAAUUGUCAAUGAUGACGAGACAAUGUCUAAAAUUGGCAUGUCCCGCAAAAUGAGGAAAAUCAAAGAGGCAAUGGAGAUUGGAAUAAAACGUAAGAAGGAUAAAGUCGCUCGCUUGGAGGAAAGGCGGAGAGAGAUUAAGAAGUCCAAGAAAUCUGAAACCAGUUGAAUUUACUACCUUUGGGAAUUUUUUAUUGCAUUUUUUUUCAAAGUUUAUGCACUGUUUUGCGCAAAUGGAUAAGAAGUUUUGUCCCCCCCCACACCCCCACAUUCCUGUGGGCUUUUAAAUGUGUUUAAUCCAAACAUUUUUUUGAGAACUAAUCCGACCCAUCGUUUAUGCUGCAAUUUUGUAUAUCAAAUUUAGGUGGUGUUUGGAUCUGAUUCUUAAAACUGCUUCUGCUCCUCGGGGAGCAGAAUAAGAAGUUUGAGUGUUUGGGUGAGAGCAGAAGUGAUUCUGGAGCUCUAAUUUGUUCCUAGAAUCAGUUUUCUUUAGAAGUUGGGGGAGAACAACUUUUUGAAAUUGAUUCUGCUUCUGCUUAAAAAAGGAAGCAGAAUCAGAAUUAGUUUCAAACACCCCUUAAUUAUAUUACAUGUUUUGCAGUUUAAGAUAACUUAAAAAGGAAGUUUAGAUUACUUUAAGAGUGAUUUUCAAGUAUGUUAAUUU